UGCGGCUGCGUCAGCUCUGAACCGUUGAUCUACGCUUCCGUGUGUCUUUAGUUCGUGUGUCUGUUUUGUGUGCGUGUGUGUGCGCGCGCGCGGAGGAAAACAUGGCACAAGUGAAGCUGAAGGAGGAGCCGGAGCUGUGGGAGCCGCAGGACCAGAACAACAGUGAGGCCCCAGAGCUCAAACAGGAAGUGGACUGCAGAGGUGACCAGAGCCCAGCUGAGGGUCAGUGUCUGCUCCAGAUGAAAGAAGAACGAGUGGAAGAGAAAGUCCAACAGGAAUGGACCCCAGUGUACCCAGUGAUUGUCUCUGUGAGGAGUGAAAAAGAGGAGAUGUCAGUGAAAGAAGAGAUGUCAGUGAAAGAGGAGAUGUCAGUGAAAGAGGAGAUGUCAGUGAAAGAGGAGGUGUCAGUGAAAGAGGAGAUGUCAGUGAAAGAAGAGAUGUCAGUGAAAGAGGAGAUGUCAGUGAAAGAAGAGAUGUCAGUGAAAGAAGAGAUGUCAGUGAAAGAGGAGGUGUCAGUGAAAGAGGAGAUGUCAGUGAAAGAAGAGAUGUCAGUGAAAGAAGAGAUGUCAGUGAAAGAGGAGGUGUCAGUGAAAGAGGAGAUGUCAGUGAAAGAAGAGAUGUCAGUGAAAGAGGAGAGCAGAGAGGACGGUGACGCAGCAGUAGCAGCUUUCACGUGUACAGUUUGUGCCAAGGAUUUCAGACGAAAGUAUUAUCUACAACUACACAUGAAGGCUCACAGCACCAAAAGACCAUUCAGGUGCUCAGUUUGUACCAAGGACUUCACUCAAAAGUGUUAUCUACAUCUUCACCUGAGGAGUCACAGAGGACAGAGACUGAACAGGAGCCAGCGCUUACAGAGGGAACAGCAGUUUUCCUCUGACACGGACGACUCUGAAGACUGGACAUCUGAAAGUCCCACUGCACAAGCACAUUCUGAGCCCAGUGAACAGCUGCAGGAGCUGGCUCACAGAAACAAUGGGAGAGGAGCAGGAGGCCCAGCCAAAGCUCAUAAAUGCUCUGAAUGUGGGAAACAAUUUCAGCACAUGGGCAUGUUUAAAAGCCACAUGAAGACUCACCAAGCAGAGAGACCAUUCAGCUGUUCAGUUUGUGCAAAGAAUUUCACACACAACUAUUAUCUACAACUGCACAUGAGGAUUCACAAAAUAAAGAGGUCAUUCAGCUGUUCAGUAUCUGCAAAGAAUUUAAAAAGAAAGUCAAAUACAACUGUACAACUUCACAUGAGGACUCACAAGAAAGUGCAACCAUUCAGGUGUACAGUUUGUGCAAAGACUUUCACUCAGAACUGUUACCUCCAACUGCACAUGAAGUGUCACAAAAGAGAGCGGCCAUUCAGGUGUUCAGUUUGCUCAAAGGACUUCACUCAAAAGUGUUACCUGCAUCUUCACCUGAAAACUCACAGAGGACAGAGACUGAACAGGACUCCACAGAAGGACCAGGGGAAAGGCCGAAAAAAUCCUAAAAGAAAGGUGAGGUCUGUCCUUCAUGAAGCCAAGAUGGAGGAGAGCCGUGAGGACAGUGAGCAAGAGGAGAGCAGCGAGGAAGACACUGAUAAAUCCUCCGACUCUGGAGACUGGAGGCCCGCUGCUCAGAGCCACUCCCCACACAGACGCUCUAAAGUGGGCUCUGGGACUGAAGCACGACCCCUGAAGUGCUCUCACUGUGGAAAGGGCUUUCCCACCAUCAAACGACUGAGGAGACACGAGCUGCACCACCUGGAGGACAAACCCUUCAAAUUUUCACUUUGUACCAAGAGUUUUCCGUCCAUCAGUCGCCAACUGGAACACGCCAGAACCCACACAGGAGAGAAGCCCUUCAAAUGCUCCGUCUGUGCGAAACACUUUUCAACAGAGAAACUACAAAAGCUGCACAUGAGAGUUCACACAGGAGAGAGACCUUUCAGCUGUUCCAUUUGUUCAAGGACUUAUACACAAGCUCAGAGUCUAAAGAUGCACCUGCUCACACAAAGAAGAGAAACCUUUCAAAUGUACAGUUUGUGAAAAAGCUUUCACUGAAAAGAAAACUCUAAAACUGCACAUGAGGAUUCACACAGGGGAGAGACCACACAGGUGCUCAGUUUGUGCAAAGAAUUUUGUUUUAAUUAGCCACCUACGAAAACACAUGUUUACCCACAGUGGGGAAAAGAAAUAUAAAUGUUCAGUUUGUGCCAAAUGUUUUAGAGCAAAUGACUCUCUUAAAACUCACAUGAGGGUUCACACAGGAGAAAGACCUUACAGGUGUUCGGUUUGUAACAUGAGUUUCAGCCAGAACUGUAUUCUAAAACAACAUAUGAAACAACACACAGGAGAGAGACCAUUCAGCUGUACUGUCUGUUCAAAGACGUAUGUGCGGCGGAGUCAGAUGAGGAAACACAUGAGGAUUCACUCGGGACUAAAGUGUUCAGUUUGUGAAAAGGGUUUUGCUGAAAAGAAAUCCCUGGAAUACCACAUGAACAGCCGUCACACAGGAGAGCGGCCGUUCCACUGCAGCGUCUGUGACAAGGACUUUGUGGCUGAGGGCUGGUUUAACACACACAUGCGGAUUCACACAAGAGAGAAACCCUUCAGCUGUUCAGUUUGUGCCACAACAUUUAGAACGAGAUGUAAAUUAAAGAGACACAUGAAAAUCCACACAGGAGAUGCACCAUUCAGCUGUUUGAUCUGUUUGAAGGAGUUUCAGUCGGAGCAUGGUCUGAAUGUUCACAAGAGCAAUCACGCUGCAGACAAACCCUUCCACUGUGGGAUCUGUGCUCAGAGCUUCUCCUCAAAGAGCGCUCUGAUCAUCCACCACAAAGUCCACAAAGGAGACCGGCUCUUCAGCUGUUCAGUCCGGCUACACAAAAUGAAGGAGAGAGAAACCACUGGACAUUCAGAGGAAACCAAACCAGAGGAAACCGAACGCUGAUGGUGUAAAUGUCCUGCUUUAUGGCCCAUUGAAAACCUCCUCAUAACUGAAAUAGCACCUGUCACACAAAUGCCUCUGUCAUACUGUACAAGUUUCACCUGUCAAGUGAACAUUUUUUAGUUGAUUAGUUAGUUGAUUUUGGACCUUUUAAUUUUUGCAUAGAAGCUCCAAUUAUGGUUAAGGAGGCGUCUACCUUGUGACAGAGACACAAUCAAAACUUUAUAUUUAUGAAAAAACAUUUCAAAAAGUAAAAUUGUGCAUAUUUUAAAGUGCCUAAAACCCAAAAGAUUUAAUAAAGAAUUCCACUUUGAAUCUUUCAAAAAUGUUCAUCAUCAGAAUUGCUGCACAAAACAUUGUAAUUCAAAGAGGUUCUUUUGGGUUUUCAGUAUUAUGUCCAAAUAAAGGUUCUUUCUGACAGACCA